CACUUUUUUUGACAAUAUUAUUUGAUCAGUGCCCUUUUGUCGUUUGUGAGUCGCAACUUGUGCCGGAGUGAAUUUUUGGAAAAGUCAUACGUGCGCGUCGGUCGCUUCUUGCACAAAGACGCUAGUUUGUUCACCGGUAAAUGGCAGUAUCUGCUCUGAAUAUGUCUCCCUAUUUCACUGGAUACCCCUUCCAAGGCCAAGGUCGAGUCAAUCAACUCGGUGGAGUAUUCAUCAAUGGAAGGCCGCUUCCCAAUCAUACUCGACUGAAAAUUGUUGAAAUGGCAGCGGCUGGGAUUCGACCUUGUAUGAUAUCUAGAGAACUUCGUGUUUCUCACGGAUGCGUUUCUAAAAUUUUGAACCGUUAUCAGGAAACUGGCAGCAUCAGACCUGGUGUGAUAGGUGGCUCUAAACCUAGAGUUGCAACUCAAGAAGUGGAAACUCGCAUUGAACAAUGGAAGAAGGAACAACCAGGGAUCUUUUCCUGGGAGAUAAGGGAUCGAUUGAUCAAGGAGGGCAUUUGUGAUAAAAAUUCAGCCCCUUCUGUCAGUUCAAUCAGCAGACUGAUUCGUGGAGGACGAAAAGACGACCCUGAACGCAAAAACCACUCCAUCGAUGGAAUAUUAGGUCCAAAUUCUUCAUACGAAGACAGUGACACAGAAUCGGAACCAGGUAUUCCUCUGAAGAGAAAACAGAGGCGUUCCAGAACAACAUUUACAGGCGAGCAAUUGGAGGCUCUCGAACGUGCCUUUGGUAGAACUCAAUAUCCAGAUGUCUAUACACGAGAGGAACUCGCUCAGAAAACGAAACUCACCGAGGCAAGAGUACAAGUGUGGUUCUCCAAUCGUCGAGCUAGGUUGAGAAAGCAGUUGAACUCACAACAACUCAAUGCUUUCAACACUAUGUCUUUACAGUCCGCAUUUCCCGCGGUGCAGCAGCACUAUCCCGAAAGCGCUUUUAAUCAGAGCAGCUGGACGCAACAAAGUUAUGCUUCAGCUGCUUUGGGAUCAAGUCCUCUGGCUAGUACACUGCCUUCUAGUACCUUACCGCACUCGCUCACCGCUGGUAGAGCGACUGCAAGUUCAGGCUCUCCGGGGCAGAAUGCUCUCUACAACUCCUACAGUAGCGGUCCCGGCUUGGAACAAGGUGGCUCGUUGACCGGUGCUAACCAGUUUGGCUACAAUAUGAGCCAGAUUUCUCCCAAUCAACACAGCGUUUCUCCUCAACAGAGUGCAGUAUGGGCACGACACUCGCAGAAUACCAAAGUCCCAGAUAACCUGUCAGCACCUUGGCAUGAUAAUUAUAGUCUAUUCACAUCUGGAGCACACUAUGGGGCCCAUUCUCCAGGAGAAGCGAAAUCUGGAUAUCCUUACUUUGGUGCAAUGGAAAUGUGUUCAAGUAGAGUCCACUGAACAUCGGAUGCCUAAGAUGUGGUGUGAAAUAUGCUUUAAGUUCUUAUGAUGUACUGUUUGGAACCUUUGAUGUAGUAAUGAAUAUUACUGGAGUUUUUUCCC